AUGAAUAGUAUAAACAUCGCCCGAACACCAAGGUAAUUAUCAUACCGUCGAGGACUACUCUUCCGCCUAAUUACUCGUGUUCCAAAAUUUGAGUCUACUGAAUAAUGGAAUUCAAAAGCAACUACUCGUGCAACACUGCUUCUGAAACCCUUGAGUGGAUUAACGCCAUUGUUAAAUUCCUCAAACCUUACAAAUUCUUCUUCCAAGCUAAUGUCGUCAAUUUCCUCAAGGAUCGAUUGUGGGAAGCAGUUGAUGAAGAUUGGAUUGAUUGCUUGAAGCAUGAACAUGUUGAGCAUCUUCUUCAGAUUCCUUCUGGAAUUGUGCAGGACCAUUGGCCUGCUUCGCUCAAGGAAUAUGUACUCACUGCCAAAUUGCUUGCAUUUCCACGAGAACGAGCAAAGCUUGAAAAGGAAUUACCUGGAAUAAGCAUGACAUCAUUAAAUUGUGUCCUUUCACAAGGCAUGAAUCCCAAGAAAAAGCAUGAAGUUGAGGUUUUGUCUUCUCUUGUAAGCUGUAUCACGAGAAAUAUGGGAGCUCAUACAGUGAUUGAUGUUGGUGCUGGUCAGGGCUACCUGAGUCUGGUACUUGCCUUUCAACACCAGUUACCUGUAGUUGCCAUUGACGCCUCUUCUCAUCAUGGAGCUAUUACAAAUAUACGUGCAGAGAGAAUCAAGAAGCAUUAUGCAGCUAAGCUACAUAACUCUGGCAAAGGGCUGCAAAAUAUGCCUAUCACAAUGACAUGCCGCGUACUGUCUUCAUCUAUGUUGAGAAACCUUAGCAACUACUGCUGUCAGCAAGAUGGAUUUGAUAAAAAUCACAAAAUAAAAGGGUCCAACCAAAUUUCUCCUGCAAGAUUUGAGGCUGCAGACCUGGAACUUCCAUCCAGUGGUAAUGAUUCUGAUUGUGAAUCAUCACUGGUUCUUGCUGGUCUUCAUGCUUGUGGUGAUUUAUCAGUGACUAUGCUGAGGGCAUUUGCAGAAUGCAAGGAAGUGAAGGCAGUUGUUAGUAUAGGUUGUUGCUACAACUUACUAACUGAAAGUAGAUGUGAAAACAGUGAUUUGAACUGUGGUUUUCCUGUGAGCAAGGGGCUUAGAUUAAUGAAUUUUACACUUGGUAAAAAUGCACGUGACCUCGCUUGCCAGAGUGCUGAAAGAUGGCGAAGUUUGGAGAAGGAUGCUGGUAUUCAAAAUUUUGAUUUGCAUGGAUUUCGUGCUGUCUUUCAGAUGGUCCUUGAUCGUUAUUAUCCAGAAGUUCUUUUCACGAGUCCUUCAAUAGGUCGUCAAGGGAAAGCCUUGUGUCGCCAGCAGAAAAAGAGCUUUACUAAUCCUUCAGACUCUGCAGAAAAUGAGAUACCCCGGACAGCUGUGGAGAUGGACUCUUCAACUGUUGGAUUUAAGUGCAAUCUCUCUGACAGAAUUGGGAAUUUGACUGAUAAAUGUACCCUAUUCGAAAAAUUUAGUCACUCAGGUCUCCGUCAUCUUCACAUUGAGCCUCUGCAGGAUAUGGAUUUGAAUGGACUAUGGAGAGAAUGUCAGACAUCUGUUGGGCUUGUAGGUCCUUACUGGUCUUUGCGAGCUGCUCUGGGGCCAGUCUUCGAAACACUCUUACUGCUGGAUAGAUUGUUGUUUCUACAAGAGCAAGAAAAUGUCAAAGUUUCCAUGUUGCCUAUUUUUGAUCCUGUUUUGUCACCAAGAAAUCUGGCAAUUAUUGCUCAGAAGACCUCAAUCUAGCACCAAGGGUAUGCACUUGGGUGAACAUUGUAUCAUUUGAAAUGCUAUGCUCUCUACCUGUGGCAUUUGGACAAGAAUACGAGAAUUGAUUACAUUGGGCCAGGUGAAGAAGAUUUUUCCAUACCUAGCUACAUCCGUAAUGGACUCUGCAAUCCUUAUGUUGCUCGGUUGCUCCUCCUAGAGUUGAUGAGAUUGCCAUGGGUGUCUUCUAAACACCAACCUAUUCCUUCCUUUUGUUUUUCUUUUAUUCAAGAAUUCAUCAAUUGAAUAUUUUUCAUUGAUCUUUGUGAUUCAUUGUUGUGGAAAAUGUUCCUAAAACACUUGGUGGAUAAAGGGUCAACCUCUAGGAGAUGGAAGCAGCGAUAGAUUUUGUUCCAAUUUUUGAGGAAAAUUAGAAUGUAACCUUUAGCGAUGAUAUUCUUGACUACAUCCAUGACAUAAUUGCAUAUGAUAUUCCAAUA